AUGACAUCAACAGUCUGUAUCCGGGACAUAGUCCGUGUGCGCCUCCAAGAAGCCGGCCUGGAAACCCUCCGCCUCCCCUUGGGUGCAGCUCCCUGUGAGCCCAAUGUCCCAAUCCUGACCUCCAACUUGAAAGGCCCUCCUCGGCGCCGGGUCAUCGUUGUCUUCGGUAGCACCCAGUCCGACCUUGGCAUAUGGGGAUUCCGCAGUAUUCACGAUACCAGCAUCAAGAACGGAUCCGCGGUCGAGUUCACCCAGGCCGUGCUGGGCAAGCCCGGCGCAGCGAAGGACACUGCCCUCAUCCUUGCAAACACCGGCCAGCUGAACUGGUUCUGUAAGGGCCAGCGAGCUCUUAGUAACAGGAGCCUUGCUGCGCAGCCUCGCCCAUUCGCCAUCUCGGAACAGGCCAGCGGGUCCUGGCGCAACACGAUCCCCGGCAACGCGAACUGCCAGGAGCACGUCAAGUACGUCUUCGAGAACGUCGUGAAGCCGCACCUCGCAUCGACCUCCCGGGUUGAUGUGAUCGGGGUCUCAGAGGGCGGACUGGCCGCCAUCGAAUAUCUCCGCGACAACUGGGAUCUCUGGAGAGCGUACCUCUCCGGAGUCGCCCUGGCUGACCCCACGCACACGGCCCUCAACGACCUGGACAUGUCUCAGCUGGUGGACAAGGACUCGUUCAGCGCGUUCCUGUCCUCGCGCGGUCGCGCUUACAUUGCCUCGUCAGACCCGCUCGGUACGCCUCAGCCUGGAUCUGGAUAUCGCACCUACGGCUGCAAUUGCUAUUCUUCGGGGGAGCCCCUGAACAACGACUGCAUUAUGCCGGCCGCGUGGAUUGAUAUGCUUGUCUGGCUUGAUACGCUCCAGGAGAACCGGUUCUACGCUGAGAAUGUUACAAUCCUUGCGGACGAUAUGGAUGAAGACACGCUCAGGCAGCUGGAUGAGAUGGUUGUUGAGGACGAGGCGGCUCGUCAUGUUUCUAGCCCUCCCGGUUCACGUGCUGAGACCGAGGAAGACAGUGACAUCGAGGGCCCGCCUAAUCGCGGGCGUAUGCGAGCCAAAGUGGAGGCAAAUGACAAUGGCGGAGAGGAGGGUGCCGAGGGCAUGGGAAAUGCGCAGAUGAAGGAAGAUGGAUCCUAA